AUGUCGACCCCUGCCAAAAGAAGAUUAAUGCGUGAUUUUAAGAGAAUGCAGCUGGAUGCUCCCUCAGGAGUUUCCGCUUCUCCUCUCCCGGAUAACGUCAUGUCCUGGAAUGCUGUCAUCAUAGGACCUGCUGAUACGCCUUUCGAAGAUGGAACGUUCAAGCUAGUACUACAGUUUGACGAGCAAUACCCUAACAAACCUCCUACUGUCAAGUUCAUAAGCGAAAUGUUUCAUCCUAAUGUUUAUGCCAGUGGAGAGUUGUGUCUAGAUAUCUUGCAGAACCGUUGGUCGCCUACGUAUGAUGUAUCUAGUAUCUUGACAUCGAUCCAGUCGUUGCUUAAUGACCCUAAUAUCUCGUCGCCGGCUAAUGUGGAGGCGGCAAACUUAUACAAGGACCAUCGUUCGCAGUACAUCAAGAGAGUCAGGGAAACCGUGGAGACUAGUUGGAACGAGGAUGAUGAAGACGACGACGAUGACUCAGAGGACGAAUCCGAAUGA